UAAUUAUUAAAAUUCGAUAUUGAAGUGAUAAUUAUAUGGUUGCGAUUAACUUCAACCUCCUCUACCAAAAAAAUAAAAAACUUCUCAACCUCAUCCUUUAGCCGAUAUUUGAUGGUUUGUCGACGUGAAAAACUUGAAUACGUACCGGCUACAAUUUCUUGUAUGAAGCAAAGAGGCCCACGUUUGUGAUUGGGCCAACUAGAUGUGUCAUUGCGACAUCUAUCUGUCCACUGGGCUACAGUGAAAGUCUGCUGGUGGGCUUAUAUAUAUGAGAAUGGAUGAGAUCAAAACCAUAGCUUUUAAUUCCUCUUGAGACAAAAGGUUGCUAAUUCAGAAGAAGAGGGCGUUCUUAGAAAUUGGGGAAUGGAGGUUGGAGGUUCUCUUGCUGUUGCCAAUGUUCAACGGAUGGCUUCGAGUUUGAAGGAGGUACCCAAUAGGUAUAUACGUCCCGAGCUCGAGGUCGACCGAGUUGUUAACGAUGAACAUGUUUCGAUUCCGGUGAUCGACAUGAGCAAGUUAGUAGAUGGUUAUGGUGGUGACGAAUUGGCUAAACUCCAUUCGGCUUGUAGAGAUUGGGGAUUUUUCCAGGUGAUCAACCAUGGAAUUGCGGAGGAGGUGAUUAUGAAAAUGAAGAUAGAUGUUCAAGAGUUCUUCGACCAACCACUGGAGGAGAAAAUGAAAUGUGCACAAUUGCCUAAUUCUCUCGAAGGAUAUGGCCAAGCAUUUGUUUUAUCGGAAGAGCAGAAGCUCGACUGGGGUGACAUGCUCUUCAUUCUUGCAAAACCCAUCAAUGGAAGAAAUAUGAAGUUUUGGCCAAAAGUUCCCUCUUCUUUCAGGGCAACUGUGGACCAGUAUUCAACAGAGCUGGAAAAGUUGACAAUUAGCCUGCUGAAAUUCAUGGCUAUGAACUUGGGGCUCGACCCAGAAAAGCUGCUCCCUUUAUUCGAAGAAGGUGCUCAAGCUAUAAGAAUGAACUACUAUCCGCCAUGUAAGCUAGCCAGCAAGGUCACCGGACUCUCCCCACAUUCCGACGCCACUGGAUUAACGUUGUUGACUCAAGUGAAUCAAGUUCAAGGAUUGCAAAUCAAGAGAGAUGGGGAAUGGGUUCCCGUUGAUCCCAUUCCAGGUGCCUUCAUCGUCAAUGUCGGCGAUAUCAUCGAGAUAAUGAGCAAUGGAGAGUACAAGAGCGUUGAGCACAGAGCGGUGGUGAAUCCGAAAAAGGCGAGACUAUCAAUUGCGACAUUCCACAGCCCGAACUUCAACGCCACGAUUGGGCCGUUGCCGGACCUUUUCAUCGAGGACCGCAAGAAGCAAGCAGUACCAAAGUACAAAUCCAUAUCGCACCAAGAAUAUAUGAAACUUGGGGUGAAAACUAAACUCGAUGGCAAAAUUCCCAACGUUCAGCAACUCGCCUCCAGCUCCAAUGACGUCGUGCCCGUCCGGUACAUACGCCCCGAACUCGAGCUCGAUCGAGUUUCCAACGACGAGUACUCUGGUCGAAUCCCAGUCAUCGAUAUAGGAAAGCUCGUCGAUGGUGAUGAGGAAUCGGCUAAGCUCCUUCAUUCGGCGUGCAGAGAUUGGGGGUUCUUCCAGGUAAUCAACCACGGAGUAGCAGAGGAAGUGAUUCUCAACAUGAAGGAUGACGUUCAAGAGUUUUUCCGCCAGCCGCUGCAGCUGAAAAUGGAAUGCGCGCAGUUACCAAACGACCUUGAAGGAUAUGGCCAAGCGUUUGUUGUUUCGGAAGAGCAAAAGCUUGAUUGGGGUGACAUGCUUUUUAUUCUAACACGACCUAUUGAAGGAAGAAAGAUGAGGUUCUGGCCAAAAGUCCCCUCUUCUUUCAGGGCAACGCUGGACAAGUACUCAUCGGAGCUCGAGAAAUUGUCGGUCAUCCUACUAAGUUCCAUGGCCAGGAACCUGGGACUCGACCCUGACGAGCUGCUCUCGUCGUUCAAAGAAGGUUCGCAGAGUAUAAGGAUGAACUACUAUCCACCAUGCAAGCAAGCCAGCAAGGUCACCGGGCUCUCCCCACAUUCCGACGCCGGUGGACUGACAUUGUUGACUCAAGUGAACCAAGUGCAAGGAUUGCAAAUCAAGAAAGACGGGAAAUGGGUCCCCGUUGAUCCCAUUCCAGGUGCCUUCAUCGUCAAUAUCGGCGACAUCAUUGAGAUAAUGAGCAACGGAGAAUACAAGAGCAUAGAGCACAGAGCGGUAGUGAACCCGGAAAAGGAGAGGCUGUCAAUUGCAGCAUUCCACAACACAAACUUCAACGCCAUGAUUGGACCAUUGCCAGCAAUCAUCAGUAAAGAUCAGAAGCAAGCGCCAAACUACAAAACCGUGUCUGCUAUCGAUUACAUCAAGCUCGUUGUCAGCUGUAAACUCGACGGCAAAGGCCUCGUUGAUCAGAUGAAGAUACAAAGAGAAGCAGCACCACAGAAUAAAAGCACUUGAAGAUUGCAGAGUCCAAAACUAUAGACAGUUGAAUGUUCCAGAUGUUCAUUGAGUAAAAAUAUGUUGGAAUAUGCAGACAAGGUACCAAUAUGUUGGAGUAAAAAAUAAUGAGCUUUGACAAAGAAAGUAAUCUGCUAGAUUUCACAAAGAAGGGGCAUCAGUUCUCCAAGGUGAUAUAGCAUCAAUAGAAUUCAGACGCAAAUUACCCAUUUGUUGUAUGAGAUUCAUCCUCUGGCCCGAAGAAACACCACAUCAACCAUUACAUAAAGCAGAUUAAAAUCAAAUUGAGGGACGAAAAUUAGAACCGGACGAAGACAUUGGAAGGUGGGUAUUAGCGAUCAGAUCCUGUCGAGAUACGAUAUAACAUCACACAGUUAUAUUAGUCAGAGGAUUGACAGAACAUGACUUAAUAUCGUCACCUCGCCAUUACACCACCUCCAUUCCCGCCACAAUUCUCAGCAAAAACAGAGAGAAACAGUUGAAAAAUUAAAAAAUCAAGAGGGUUUGCUCUUAAUUCGUUUUGGGCUCAGAACUUCUUAGAGGGUUGUGUUUGCCGUCACCGACUGUAAAAGUCUCUGGCACACUGAUUACUUCUUCCUCACAGCUAACCAAAAACUUAAAAACAAAUGUAAACCCAUAAUUCGAAACCAAACUCAACCAUGAAGAAGAAGCUAAACACGAGAAUAGAUCGCUGUUGAAGAAGAUGGAA